AUGGGUAAAAGAACAGAAUUUAGUCAUGGUGUGGGAGCAGUUGACAGUAAAGAAAAUAGAUCAAGAUUUAUAAAUGCUUUAAAAAGAAUGGGAGAAAUAGGUCAGAAAUAUCAAGACAAAGGAUAUAAAUCAUUUGAAGAUAUAAUUAUCAAUGAAAAGCUAUCACCGUCCCAUAAAUUUCUAAUGAAACAUGCAUAUGACUUUGAUCGUUUAUUUCCUAAGGAAGAAAUGGAUUUAUUCAAGGAAAUAAUUGUUUCAGAGUUGAAGUCAAUGGAUUCUGGAUAUAUUGCAGAACCGUGUGCUGAGUAUCGACGUAACGCUAGGAAUUUGGAAAAUUCAAGGCAAUUUGAAAUGGUAAUUUCACAUGUGGAAUUUGACACAACUCGUAACCAUAUAGAGAAUAAAAAUUUAAUAGGAAGUCAAAUAACUAAAGAAUUGAUCGAGAGAUUGAAAAAUAAACAAAUAUGUGUCGAUUUUAUUAAGAUUCCUUCAAUUUUAAAUUUAAAUUAUUUGGCAGCUUGUCUACCUGGAACAAAUAACAAUCGAAAGAUUUUACUUCGUUUGAGAGACAAAGCAUCGGAGAAAGGAUUCUAUUUGAGCUCUAAUAAAUUUUUUGCUAUUGAAUCAAAAGAUAACAAUGGUAAAUUACAAGGGGGGCAAGGAUUAAUUCAAAAAUCAAUAUUAGUGAACAGUGAACAAGAAAUAUUUGAUGUUUUGGGAAUAAAAUAUGUGGAGCCACAUGAACAUCCUAAAGAUCAGAACAGCAAAGUAGCAAAUGAACUCACUAAUUCUAAAGACCCUUCAACGAAACAAGAUAAAAUUGUUAACUCUGAUCAAGAAAAUCAAAACUAUAACAAUGAUUUAAUCGAAAAGAAACGGUGGUCAUUAUUUGUACAAACGCUACCCGAAAAUAGUCAAACAUGGUUACAUUUCUUCACAAAGAUGUCUUUAAUCGAAAAUAAUCCAUCGUCUUCACAACCACGUAUAAGAACUACCGAUAAAAGAAGAUUAAUUGAAAAUGCUCAAUUGCAGUUGGUACAAGCACAAACACAAAUUGCUAAUUCCACUACUGCAGUCACUGGAACUACCAAUUCUGCUAUAACUGCAAUAUUAAAACCAGUUCCUAACAAUAUGGUACUCCCACUAUUUGAUGAUAUAGCCAGACACAAAAUUCGAAGUUGUCCUACUUCAAUGUUUCAACAAACACUCCACACCAUAAACUCUUACUUUUUCCCACUGGAGAAAAAUAACGCUGAUGGACCAUUUUCAAAAUUUUUGGACGAGAUGACCAGAUCAACAAUUGAUGUAAAACGUGUAGCAAUCAUUGGUGUACACGGAUGGUUUCCUGCAAAAUUGGUGAGAGCAUUGGUCGGUGAACCAACUGGCACAUCACAAAAAUUUUGUGACAUGAUGGGAAAAGCUCUGUUAGGAUAUUUGUCUCAACAUGGAAUUGUACUACCAGAAAAUGCAAUAACAUGUAUACCGCUUGAGGGUGAGGGAACAAUCGAGAAAAGAGAAGAGAUCCUACAUCAAAAUCUCUUAAAUAACAAGACAUGGGUUGAAGCAUUAUCAUUGGCAGAUGUAAUAUUUGUGACGACCCAUUCACAGGGUACGCCUGUUAGUACGAUUUUGCUGGCCAAGCUUAUCAAUGAACGUCGUAUAAAUCCUAAAAGACAACGUGUGUGUAUGUUGGCUAUGGCAGGAAUAUCACAUGGACCAUUUCCAUAUUUGAAAGAAAGUUAUAUAAUGAAAUAUAUUGUUGGAGCUGGUCGUGGUCCCGAGUCAGAUGCUGCUAGGGAAUUGUUCGAGUUUAUGCAUCCAGAUAGUGGUGUUGCUAUCAAAUAUCGUAAUUCAUUGAAGUUAAUAAUUAAUGAUGGCGUGAAAAUUGUUUAUGUUGGUUCUAUGGAUGAUCAAGUAGUACCUUUAUAUUCAUCUUUAUUUACUGGUGUAAACCAUCCAUCAAUAAUACGAGCCAUGUAUAUUCAUGGGCCGUUAUAUCAAGCAAAUGAUUUCUUGGCAAAUCUUUUAGUUUUUGCUGUUAGCUUACGAAAUGCCAAUAUAAACGAUCAUGGCCUGAUGGUUUAUUUGAGCGAAGUUGUCGCUGGUUCUCUUUAUUCUGAAGGACAUUCUGCUCUAUACGACGAAAUAAAUGUUUAUACACUUGCAGUGAAAUAUCUUUUUGAAACGGUGAAACAUCCACCCAAAAAUGUAAAACUUGACCUUUUUCGAGCUCAAAAACAAUACAAUCCAUUUUAUUUACCAUGGGCAAUGCGCGGUAUACUAGAGGAUAAGGACGUGGUGAGAUCUGAGAGUUUUUCGAGAGAUUUACAUAAAUUGAGAAAGUUGUUUGAGGAAUGGGAACCGACUUCCAAAGUAAUGAGGGAUGUUAAAUUUAGACUAGAACCAUUAAGGGAGUUUAUUUCUAGAGCUAAAUUAUAA